AGAUCGUGGGCUUAGAAACGGCCGAAAAGCGAGGAAUUGAUAAAACAUGGCGGCUCUUUUGGGUGAACAAAAUUUUAACAAAUUUGAAAAUUCAUUGGAUUUUCCUGACUGGAUAAAUGCUCGUCAUUUAACUGGGACAACAAUUAUGGCGGUCGAGUUUGCUGAAGGAGUUGUGAUUGGUGCUGACUCACGAACGACUACCGGAUCUUACAUAGCCAAUCGUGUGACGGAUAAGCUAACACCCGUCACAAAAACAAUAUAUUGUUGUCGGUCAGGAUCAGCAGCCGAUACUCAAGCUAUAGCUGAUUAUGUAAAAUAUCAACUAGAUUUAUACUCUCAUGAAAUUGGCGAGGAUCCUUGUGUAAAAACCGCAGCAAAGAUGUUCAGGAAAUAUUGUUAUCAUGGCCGUGAUUCUAUGUCGGCUGGGAUUGUUUGUGCUGGAUGGGAUAAAUAUGACGGUGGACAGGUAUAUUCCAUUCCACUUGGGGGAAUGUGUGUUAGACAACCUUUCACAAUUGGAGGAUCAGGCAGUACAUAUAUCUAUGGUCAUUGUGAUGCAACAUUUAAACCUGGAAUGACAAAAGAUGAAUGUUAUAAAUUUGUUGCAAAUGCUGUUUCCUUGGCUAUGUCACGGGAUGGUUCCUCUGGUGGAGUAAUACGGAUGGCUGCUAUAACUUCUGAUGGUUUGGAGAGAAAAGUUCUCACUGGAGAUGAGAUACCAACAUUUUUUGAAGGCUAGAGUUGUUUCUGGUAUAUUCUCAUUCAAGUUUGUAUGAAAACUUUUAAAAGAUCCACUAAUCCACCCAGAUUGUUGGUGUGGGCUAGAUGGCAGCCAGAAAAAUAGUAAAUUUUUCAGGGAUAAUAAAAUUGUUAAACUUAGU